GUUCCUGCUCGUCAGACGGAGCUGAUUGUUCUGGGACCCGAAGCCAUAACAAGAACUGUGGCACAGGCGUACUUCUUAAUUCCCUGGGCAGUCCCGAGUUCAGUGCAGGUCGCCCACCAUGUCCGACGUCGUUCUGGACAAAAAGCUGUUCUUCAAGAGGGCUAAGAGCAUCUUUGAUGCGUGGGACAAACCGAAUGCAGAUGCCGAGAUUCUCAAGGAUCUAAAGUGUCUCGCGAUGAUGAUGGGCGAUGCGAGUGACGAGGGGUCAUCCUAUACCAAAGUUGCAGCUCUUCAGACAUUCCUCCUCGGCUACGAAUUCCCUUCUACUCUCCUUCUGUUCACUCAAUCUCCACGUCGAAUCACUUUCGUCUCUAGUCCUUCCAAAGCCAAGAUACUCGCACAGAUAUCGACCACAGAUGGCAUCGAGAUUGAUAUUUUGGAGCGGGCGAAAGGCGAUGCUGGUUCUCAUGUCAUUCCUGGUGCGAUAUCGGCACUCGGAGGGGGCAAGAUCGGGACAUUGCCAAAGGAUAAACCCACUGGAAAGAUGGCGGAUGAGUUCAUGAAGGCGAUCUCUGAAGGAAAGCCGCCGAUAGAGGCCGUCGAUAUGGCACCGGCUAUGUCUUGCGUGCUCGCAGAGAAGGAUGGAGAGGAGAUGAAAAACAUGAUCACGAGUGGAAAAUUGACCUCAACAGCUAUGAUACAUUAUUUCAAGCCAAAGAUGGAGUCCAUCAUCGACAAGGGAACAAAAGUCCCGCACAGUCAGCUGGCUGUCCUUGUCGAGGAGAAGAUUGGGAGUGAUGACAAAGAGGCUGAUAAAAAGCUUUGGUCCAAGAACCCAUCAUUAGGCGAUGUCGACUUUAGCUCAACCGAAUGGGUGUAUCCACCAAUCAUUCAGUCUGGCGGGCGAUAUGACCUCAAGAUCUCCGCUGUGUCAGAUGAUAGGGUACUCUCUGCCGGCAUCAUCAUCGCAAGUCUAGGUCUUCGAUACAAAAAUUAUUGUACAACCAUGGCCCGAACAUUCCUCAUCAGCCCCACGAAGAAACAAGAGAGCUACUACGCCGCGCUGCUGGAGGCGAGAAACGAGGCUCUGAACGUAAUAAAGGAUGGAGCAGUGGCAAAGGAUGUGUAUGCACACGUCCACAGCUUUUUGGAGGGCAAAAGUGCAACCCUGGGUCAGGCUUUCCAGAAGAAUAUGGGAUUUGCAACCGGUAUCGAGUUUAGAGAUUCACACAAUAUGCUGUCCCCCAAGAAUGGUCGUACGCUCAAGGAGAACAUGGUCUUUGUCGUUUCCAUUGGCGUCAGCGAUCUGUCGGACAGCAAGAGCGGGGACAAGACAUACUCCCUGUUACUGACCGAUACUGUAAAAGUCGGCAAGGAGGCUUCUACGGUGCUGACGGAUGGAUGCACGAAAUUGAAGGAUGUGAUCAUGGAGCUGGAUGAGGAGGAAGAGGAUGCUGUCGUCGAAGCACCAAAGCCUAAAGCAAAUGGAUCGUCAAAGCAAGCAAACGGCAAAGGCAAGGAGAAGUCGCCACUCAAGACACGUGGAGGAACUACGGUCGGUCGAGGUGUUGGAGCGACCAAGACACGAGGUGGACAGCGAGAGCAAAUCGAACAGACCACGGCGGAAAAGAUCCGUCCGAAUCAGGAGCGACUUCACGCCGAGAGACACAACGCUGGUCUGAAGAAGUGGGCGAACGGUGGCAAAGGAGGAAACGAUGCCGAAGACAAGCCGGUGAAGCGCUAUGAGAGCUACCGACGUGAAGAGCAGCUACCACGGGGAGUCGAAGAUCGACGGCUUUACGUGGACGAGCAGCGGCAGACGGUCGUCUUGCCGAUCGGAGGAUAUGCCGUUCCGUUUCACAUCUCUACCAUCAAGAACGUAACCAAGACCGAGGAAGCGGAACACAUCGUUCUCAGGAUCAACUUUCAGUCUCCUGGUCAGAUAGCUGGAAAGAAGGAGGAUAUGCCAUUUGAAGAUGCCGACGCUCACUUUGUUCGAUCCGCGUCAUUCCGGUCCACCGACCAACGCCACAUGCUCAAGGUUUUAGAGAGCAUUACAGCCUUGAAAAAGGCGGCAACGAAGCGAGAGGCGGAGAGGAAAGAGAUGGCCGAUGUCGUCGAGCAAGAAAAGCUGGUCGAGAUCAAAGGCCGUGGCCCAUACACACUUAAACGGGUAUUUCCUCGUCCAGCGGAUGGCAAGAAGAUGGAUGGCAGUUUGGAGAUUCACCAGAAUGGUGUCCGGUUCCGACCUGAUGGUCCGUCCUCCAAGAUUGAUGUCCUCUUCUCCAAUGUCAAGCAUCUCUUCUUCCAGCCCAGCGAGAAAGAGCUCAUCGUUCUGAUACACUUGCAUCUGAUCUCGCCGAUCAUGCUCGGCAAAAAGAAGACCUAUGACGUCCAAUUCUACCGUGAAGUCACCGAUAUGGCGUUUGACGAGACCGGAGGCAAGAGGCGGCGCGCGAGAUAUGGUGACGAGGAUGAGAUUGAGCAGGAACAAGAAGACAGAAAGCAUCGACAGCUGUUGGACAAGGAAUUUUCCGAGUUCGCUCAUCGAAUCGAGGUUCAAGCUCAAGCUCAACAAUUCGAGCUCGAAGUGGAUAUGCCAUUCAGAGACUUGGGCUUCAGCGGUGUGCCACAUCGGUCCAAUGUCUUAUUGGUCCCAACAACGCAUUGCUUGGUUCAUCUAUCCGAGACUCCGUUCCUGGUGAUCACGCUGGCCGAGGUGGAAGUGGUCCAUUUGGAGCGUGUGCAGUUUGGAUUGAAAAACUUUGACAUGGUCUUCGUCAUGAACGACUUCAAGAAGGCACCGAUACACGUGAACAAUAUCGAUGUGACGCACUUGGACAAUGUCAAGGAAUGGCUAGACUCCUGCGAUGUGCCUAUAUCUGAAGGCCCAGUCAAUCUUGCUUGGAACCAGAUCAUGAAGACUGUGGUGGAUGACCCCUAUGCCUUCUACGAGGAGGGAGGUUGGGGGUUCCUCACGGGCGGGGGCGAAGUGAGCUCGAGACGGUCUCUUUAGGUCCAUGCUGACAUGGCGUCUCAGGACUCAGAGGAAGAGUCGAGCGAGGAGGGAUCAGAAUUCGAGGCAGAUUCCGAUGCCUUUGCUGAGGAAUCCAGCGAGACGGACUCGGACGGUUCUGAUUGUGGGUAGACGCUACGCAGGAUAUCAAGUAAUAUGCUGAAACUAAUCGGGUCAGUCGACGACGACGAUGCGUCAGACGAGAGCGGUAGCUACGAUGAGGAGUCUGAGGGUGAAGAUUGGGACGAACUGGAGCGAAAAGCAAAACGAGAUGACGAGAGACGUAAAGACAAGGGAGACGUGUCUGAUUCGGGCAAGAAGAAGAAGGGCGGAAGGAGAUGAGCUGUGUAUUCGAGGGGAGUCAAGGGGAUACAACCUCAUUUAUCGCAUCACGAGCAUGUACUGAGUAUGAUACACUGAGGCGUACUGCUUGUCUGU